AUGGAUUAUAUCACGAAACCCAUUCAGCAGGAACUACCUUGGAACCCCCUAUAUGCCGACGACAUCGCGCUUGUUUCCAAAUGUGCCGAAGACCUGCAAACAACUCUAACCAAAUGGAUCACUACUUUAGAAAACGCGGGACUCCGAGUAAGUAGAUCGAAAACCGAACAUCUUGAAUGCAACUAUAGCAAUGUGGCAAACAGAUGCAAUCUCUACUACCCGGAUGGAACACAAGUACCAAAAGUUAACCAAUUUAAAUAUCUAGGCUCGGUUAUAACAAAUGACGCGAAUGUAGAAGUAGACGUUUCCCACAGAAUCAAUAUCGCAUGGCAAAAAUGGCGGACACUCACCGGAGUCCUUUGUGAUCCACGAAUGCCCAUACGUACAAAGGGCAAGGUAUACAAAACUGCAGUGAGACCAGCAAUGCUAUAUGGGGCUGAAUGCUGGCCCGUUAAAGAAACACACGUCAAAAAGUUACAUGUGGCCGAAAUGAAAAUGCUUAGAUGGUCAGGUGGAGUUACAAGAAUAGAUAAGAUACGAAACGAAUUUAUUCGAGGCAGCUUCAAAGUCACUCCCGUCUCCGAAAAACUUACGGAAACCCGCCUAAGGUGGUACGGCCAUGUUAUGCGGAGAGACGACGACCAUGUCGUGCAAAAAGCGCUGGCUCUGCCUGAAUGCAAAAAAGGUAAAGGACGGCCCCCUCUGACGUGGUGGACGAGUAUGGCCAAACUAUUAGAAAAAACCCAACUACCCGACCCGACAACUGAAGACAGAUCGUCUUGGCGCCUAAAGAUAAGGAGAGCCGACCCCACCUAA